UUUACCCUCAGAAACGCGCUGCGCAAAUAUAAUGCUUAUUUAAAAAAACAGAUUAUUCAUGAAUGUAUUAUUCAUACAUUAUCUGUCUUCUCUAGCAAAAGUGUUACCAGAGAACACAAAUAAACGACGGAAAAUGAUGUCCCAUUAGUUAUCCUCCAUUUUCCCUCCCCCGUGUCACCUUACGGGCUCGGUAAAAAAAAAAAAAAGGGCGGUGGCACUCCAUCCUUUCACUGAAAAAAUCCGACGCGACUCGAAUGCCUCUAUCGAAGUCGGUGUUUCUAAAACAGUCUCAACGAAUGCAUACGCAACGCAAAUAAAACAUAGUUUUAUGUCAUGAGCCAACGUUUAGUUCACAUUUUACGCUUUUAACGGAGGUACUGAGAUGUAACCAACACGAACGAGCGGCUCCCCCUCCCCCGUCGCCCACAGAGAGGAAGAAAGAGGCGAGGGAGCGCGCAGCAGGCAGCACCACGGACACAGGGAAACAAGAGCCGCGCGCUGAGCAGCGAGAGGAAGAAAAAAAACAUAGACCUUACAGACAAAGGAAAACAUGGACAUGCGAAGACCUUUUCCCUUGAAACAGGCACGUGUACACGAAAGGAUUUUUCGGUGGUCCUGCACAUAUUUGGAAUGAACGGAGCCUUCUCCCAAUGUUAAUGAGGCGGGUGAGUGCGCACAGCGAGCUAAAAAGGCGGACAGGUUUCUUUAUCCCGUCUGCAAACACUGCCUGCUUGCGAUGGCCGUGGCUUCGCGAUGCAGUAAGAGCCUAAAGACGAAUGUGCCUUUUUAUUUAUAUUUGAUGAUUUUUGUAUUCAGUGGCCUUACAAAUGCACAAAUACGGUACGCUAUUCCGGAGGAGUUGGAGAGCGGUGCUGUGGUCGGUGACAUUGUGCGGGACUUGGGUUUAGACCCGAGAACGCUCUCCACACGACGAAUGAGAAUCACCUCGGACAGUGGACGGAGAUAUUUCACCAUCAAUCACAAAAGUGGAAAGCUCUUGGUGAGUGAACGCAUUGACAGAGAGGCAAUUUGUGAAUUCGGCGGCACCUGCUUUCGAAACCUGGAAAUAGUCGUUGAAAGUCCAUUGGAAACGCACAACGUAGCAGUGGAAAUCCUUGAUGUAAAUGAUAACGCGCCACAAUUCCCCAGAGACGAAUAUCAACUUGAGGUACCAGAGUCCGCGGUCACUGGCACCCAUUUCAGCCUCGAGGGCGCACAGGAUGCGGAUGACGGUACGAACUCGGUGAAACUGUACCGCCUCAGUCCAAACGACCACCUGGCGCUGGACUCCAUCAAACCCCUAUCGAGCAGUAAGCACAUUGAACUCACCCUCAAGAAGCCUUUUGACCGAGAGCAUAAGUCUUCUCACCAACUCAUCCUAUUAGCUGUUGAUGGCGGCACACCACAGCGUACUGGCACAGCCAAAAUUAACAUACGCGUGUUGGACUCCAAUGACAACGUUCCCGCCUUCGACAACUCUGUGUACAAAGUGAAACUGUCCGAGAACUCCCCCAGGGGGGCCCUGGUGAUCCGGUUGAACGCCACGGACCGUGAUGAGGGCUCCAACGGGGAGGUGUUCUACUCUUUCAGUAGCUACACACCGGAGAGAGUCAGACAGAUGUUUUCUCUGGACACCAACACAGGUGAGAUCAGGGUGAAGAACAACAUUGACUAUGAGGAGACCAACUCAUAUGAGAUGUACAUCCAGGCCAUGGACCGAGGGCCGUCUCCGGUGGCGGUCCACUGCAAGGUGGUGGUGGAGGUCUUGGAUGUGAACGACAACAUCCCAGAUAUCGUGCUGUCCUCUCUCUCCAGCCCCGUCCGCGAAGACGCCCGGCCCGACACCGUGGUAGCGCUGAUCAGCGUCAACGACCGGGACUCGGGACCGAACAAACGGGUGACCCUGGAGAUCAUGCCCGGCCUGCCCUUCAGGAUCAAAUCCUUCCGCAACCACUACACCGUCGUCACCGCCGCCUUCCUGGACAGGGAGUCUGUCUCGUCCUACAACAUCACGGUCAUCGCCGUCGACGGAGGCUCUCCGCCUAUGUCCUCCCGCAUGACGUUCAAAGUGGAGGUGGCGGACGUGAAUGACAACCCGCCCCGCUUCGAGCAGACGUCGUACACCGUCUACGUGCCAGAAAACAACGCGCCCAGCGCCUCCCUGUGCGUGGUCAAGGCCUCCGACGAGGACGCCGGAGAGAACGCCCGCAUCACCUACACGGUCCUCAACGACAACAACCACGGCAUCCCCGUGGCCAGCUACGUCAGCAUCAAGCCCCACACGGGCGAGGCCUUUGCCCUGCAGGCCUUCGACUUUGAGAAGCUCCGGGAGUUUCACUUCCAGGUCAAAGCGCAGGACAACGGCGUGCCGCACAUGUCCCGCGUCGCCACCAUCUACGUUUACAUCAUGGACCAGAACGACCACCCGCCCAAGAUCAUGCACCCGCCCGCCAACGGCACGCGCAUCACUGAGACGCUGAUGAAGAACGCGGAGGCCGGCGUGCUGGUGACCAAGGUGCUGGCCUGGGACGGGGACGCCGGGGAGAACGCCUGGCUGCUGUACGUCCUGGACCCCACCAGCACCGACGUGGACCUGUUCAAGGUGCACAUGCACACGGGCGAGAUCCGGACCACGCGGCGCGUCAUCGAGGACAACGCCACCUCCUUCAUGCUGACGGUGCACGUCCGCGACCACGGCCUGCCGGCGCUCACCUCCAUCGCCACCCUGCACGUGCACGUCCUGGAGCUGCCGCCCAAGGUGGGGCCCGACCCCAAGCGCGUCACCCGGCCCAGCCGCCGCCUCAGGUUCUCCAACCUCACCCUCUACCUCAUCAUCGCCCUGAGUGCCACCACCUUCGUCUUCCUCGUCACCAUCUUCGUGCUGGCCAUCGUGCGUUGCCAUGCCUACUGCACCCAGCCCGGCUCCUGCUGCCCCUGCUGCGUGUCCAAGAAGGCCAUGGCGGAGGCCCAGUCCUUGGCGGCUGUUUCUGCAGGUGGAGGAGGAGGAGGUGGAGGAGGAGGAGGAGGCGGGGCCACAGGCGGACUGGUGGCAGGACAACCUAACAACAAUGUGGCGUUGCGGCGGGACCUCAAGGUGGAGCCUCGCUACAUCGAGGUGCGGGGCAACGGUUCCAUGACCAAGACGUACUGCUACAAGACGUGUCUGACCGCCACGUCGGGCAGCGACACCUUCAUGUUCUACAACACGGGCCGGCCUCACAGCGGGACCUGGGGCUCGGGCUACGUCACCAGCCAGAGUGGACACAGCCAAAUGUUUGUAAGGAGACUCAGUAUGCCAGAUGCCGCCGCCAUUCAGCCCAGGGCGCCUAAUGCAGACUGGCGGUAUUCAGCCUCCCUGAGAGCCGGAGGUGUAAUGCAGAGCUCGGUGCACAUGGAGGAGUCUGCGGUGAUGCAGGGAGCCCAGGGGGUCCUGGUCCAGAACUGGCCAACAGUGUCCAGUGCAGCCGACGGUGACGGGGGAGAGGUGUCCCCCCCGAUGGGAGCAGGGGUGGACAGCAACAGCUGGCACUUCCGCUACGGUCCUCCGGGGGUCCCCGGCGGGCCCCCGCAGCACCUGAAACCCGGCGAGGUGCCCCCCGAGGCCUUCAUCAUCCCCGGCUCCCCGGCCAUCAUCUCCAUCCGGCAGAACCAGGGCGGAGAGGACGACAAGAGCGACUUCAUCACCUUCGGCAAGAAGGAGGAGGCCAAGAAGAAGAAGAAGAAGAAGAAGGAGAAGAAGGACAAGAAGGACAAGGGCAAGGACGACGGCGAUGACUAG